AUGUCGGGUGGUGAUCCGGACCAGUUGCCUGCCCCAGUCGGCUUUGCUGCCGUUAUUCUUGCCGUGACCUGUGCCCUGGCAGGCCUCUCAAUCAUAACGGUUUCCCUGCGGACCAUAGUGCGAAUCUCCGAUAAACUCUUCGGCUUGGAUGAUAGCUUGAUGCUUGUGGGAUUGCCCGGCACGGCCAUAUGCACAUCGAACCAAGUCAUAAUCUACAUCAGCUAUCUCGUCUCAGUCUCGAGCAUCGUAACGGAUUUUGCCUGCGCCAUUCUUCCUAUAUUCAUUCUCUGGAGCACCCAGAUAAGAGCCUGGGCCAAGUUCUCGGUUGCCGUAGUCUUGGGACUCGGUACACUUGCCUCUGUUACCACCAUUGCUAGAAUACCAUUCUUGAAAGCCUACAGAGAGCCAGAAGACAAUUUCCUGUACCAGAUAGGAUAUGUCAUUAUACUCUCACUGGCCGAGUGCGGCAUCGGCCUCAUCGCGGGAUCGCUCCCCAUGGCCCGCCGGCUGGUCCGCAAGUGGCGCGGCAAAGACGACGAGACGACCGAGACCUCGCGGCUCACGCCCCUUUCGUUCAUGACCUUUGGCGACAGUGGACGCAGCCGCCGGAAUACCAUUGUCAGUCUCGGCCCCCGUGGACGAAACGGCAACCCUGCUACAGGCAUAUCUCAGGCGACCGUCAGGGCAGCUCAGCCAAGCGAGGCAUGGGAGAAGCUGGAGAGCGGCUCAGCCCGCCUGCCGACGCCGGACAAGGACAAGGUGGAGAGUCACUCCAUCCUCGAGCGCCGGUCCGUGAUCAUCGAGUACGAGAUCGGCACCCUGCCCGGACUGUCCGAGACCAGGAGCCUGCCCAGAUUCUCUAGGUCGAGCUGGGACAAUUCGCUGAAUAGAUCACGCAGCAGCAGCACCUGA